UGGUGUCCCACAGACCAGUCCAGGAAAUCAUUUCAAGCCUCUUGGCUAAAGGGAUCAUCCGACCCUGCAACAGCACCUACUCUGCUCAAUUGUGGUCAGUAAAGAAGCCUAACGAUAUGGAGGAAACGCUGCAACCAGAUGAACAGAUUGACUCUGACCUACAGGAAACAGACCAAAUAUCUGAUCCUGCUCCAUCCACACUGAUGAUGAAUUCAUCCGCCAUGGACAGUGGCCCGGCGCUCCUGGGUGUCGAGCCUGACAAACUGAUCUUGGGACACCUCCUGCCUCAGGGGAGAGCUGAUAAGCCAAUGGUAGCUGUGAUAUUGCAACAGGUGCACCCCUGCAACACUCUUCUGGAUACUGGCUCAGACUACACACUCAUGUGCAAGUCUGUUUUCAAACGCAUCUGCCUGGGUGCAGGAGGAGGCAUACGACCUCCAGAACUGAAUCCUUGUGCAGUAACUGUCCGCGUUUUCUCUCCUUCUACCAUGAUCUUGUCUUCCAGGUCUCUGCUCCACUUCACGAUCGGUCCUCUGACUUUGACGCACCCCAUGUACAUCUGUGAGUGCAGUGCUGUCACCCUGUACCACUACUGGCUGACCCUGAUCUCUCUGACCGCACCUGUGCGUCGACCGAGGGCUCUCCAGAGCGCUCACCUGCGCCGACCCCUCGAACAGCCGCACCUCCACCAGUCUACGAUCCGAAACAUACUUUGUUUCAGUUUUCAGGACUGACAAAGUAUCUUUGGCUAGUUGCGUUGUGCCUGUCUGAUGUCCAACGCAGUUAAACACUUUUCCAGCUACAUCAGUGGACAGAAAAUCAUCAUUGAAACUCAACAUCAGCCAGUGACCUUUAUUAACAGUCAAAGCAUCAGAGAUGGUGUGGUGACCAACGCACGCAUUGCGUCAUGGCUGCUUGCUCUUCAGAGCUUUGACAUUGAAGUACACUACGCACAGAAUCGCCGUAGUCCUCUUGGCAUGGGUCUGGCUGCGUGCCAGCAUUGCUCGGACGACGCUGUCGCAUCGGUUCUACUGGCUAACCCUCCCCAGUCUUUGCUGAACCCCAACCACCACUACUUCGACCAGGCUCUCUGUGUGGACUUGCCAACUGUAUACGUUGAUGGCAGUUCCUAUAUAUAUAUAUAUAUAUAUAUAUAUAUAUAUAUAUAUAUCGUCAUGAAGGUCCUUUAAUUUGUGACGAAGGUCAGAUUUUCCCAGCUGGGUCAAGCUGGCACAGACUGUGACUUUUAGUUCCACAUAUUAACCCAGGAGCCCUGAUGUCUGAAGAAUAUCAUCCUUUAUCUGCUGCUGUUCCGUCUCAGAAGAAGGACACUUCAAGUUUCACGAUAAUAAUUUAAAUAAUUUUAAUAAACUCUUUGACUUUAUUGAGGUUUAUUAUAAUUAUCAUAAAUAAUCUCUUGGUUCAGUAUAAAUGUAUUUUUAAUUACUGAAAUGAAUUAUUAUGCUUUGGGUAUAAUUAUGAUUAUGGUUGAUAAUCGGAUAUGGUGUUCAGCAAAUCAGAAGGUCAACUUCCACCUUAUCCAUCUAACACAGAGUUUAUCCAGAGUACAGUGUAACUGCCAUCACAUGAUUUUUUGACUCAUGACCAAAGCUUUCUUGCUCUGAGAGGGCGUGUUCUGAGGAGUUUGUUAAACUAACUUUCCAGCAGAGAAACUUCAGUUCGUGAACCAACCACCAUCACUGAGGAUACGGGAACGGCCGUCCCUAACCUCCACCUGCUGUUCUGUCACGCCGAUGAGAAUAGCUACGAAUAAACGUAACUGUAACCAGCUGACACAAAAACUCCGCCAGAGUUAUUGAUUUUGAGAGUUAAGACGAGAAACUCCAUCAGAGUUAAGCCAGACGCUCGACACUGUGUACCCGGCAACAUCUUCGGACCAGAGAGUCGGUUCCUCGAGUCUCCUCUACCGGACCCAGUACCUGGAGGCUGACACCAUCCUCCCUUGACCUCCGGAUCCUCACGAAUGGUCGUCUUGCUGGGUGAGGUAGCACACAGAUUGUGUCUGAUGCUGUUUUCUCUAAGUAACAACAGUUAGCUGCAAAACCAUCAUUUCAACCCAGAACGUGCUUCUCUCUCUGAAAGAAACCUUCUGAGAAUUCAUCCACACAUCCAAACUCGUAUUUUCAAUUUAGCUUUCAUUCAGUCACAGGUUUGCCUUUUAAACAAGUUUAAUAUCAAAGCUGGUAAAUUGUCAUCCAUGAAUUGUCAAUUUUAGUUGUCAUUUUUAAUUGUCAUUUAAAUUGUCGUUUCAAAUCGUCAAGUUUAAAAUUGUUAGUAAUAAAUUCUUCAUUUUUAAACUUUGCCUCAUUCUUUCAAAUGAAACACAGAAAAGUAUAAUUAUUUCUGGUUAUUGAAAAAGCAAUGAUUCCUAACUUCUGUUUCAAAAAUAAACUUUUGCUAUUAAAUUUAAUUAUCUUAAA